AGUGCUGUGGCAGCUUUGCCAAUAGUCACACAACGACACAAUGGUGGACUUGACUGAAAAUUUAAAAUCCCUUGAAUUUGAGGCCGGACUCACGGAGAAUGAGAAACAAUGUCUGAAUCUCCGCAGUCGCUCAGCCGUUUUGACUGUAAGCGGAUGUGCGCAUGCUGUGUUUGUGUGUCAGCUAAUCCGUUUAUUAAGAAAGAAAUUAGUUUCUGAGAAUGACAUUUCUAAAACACAUCUGUCUGUUGGUAUAAUUGGUGGAGGACACAUGGGUAAACAGCUGGCAAUGGUUUUAAUGCAUAUAGCCAACAUCAAGCCAUCUGACAUCAACAUCUCAACUAAAAGACCAGAGAUUUUAGAGGAUAUUUCAAAGACGGGUGUUGAAUGUUACUUUGACAACAUUAGACUGGCUAAGUGGACAGAUGUUCUGUUCCUCUGUGUCUUGCCCUCUCAUCUACCUCAAGUGUGUGCAGACCUUCGCUGCCAUCUGCCCUUGCGCUGUCUUGUUUACAGUUUUAUCUCUGCGACUCCAAUAAAAAGGCUUGCAAUACUCCUUGACCACAGCUUUAUUAUUAAACCCCAGUAUGAGUUUGCGCCUUGUGGUGAUGUCACCAAAAUGUGGUACUUCCACAGUGAAGUGACAGCAGCUUUAAAAGAUAAGGAAGUGCUUGCCGCCUCCAUUCCUUUUUCAAUGAGUGGUGGCCUCUCCCUGGAUCUGAGUUGGGUGUCUGCUGUGCUGUACAGUCUUCUCAACAUGUGUACCGCUGAGAAACUUGGGUCCCAAAAGGCUCUUCAACUACUAAAUGAUAUUUUUAAGACAAACAUCUCAGCAAAUACAUUUAGUCUUCAAAGCUUUGUUAACUCAUCCUGUGCUUCUGCUCUUCUUAACUCUGAUGACCCGUUUCCAUGGAUCAACCUGGUUGAUGCACAAACUAAAGAGACUCCAUUGUCUGAUCUGGUAUCAGUAAAUCAAAGCUUGCAAGACUGCAUUUCAGUUGUGUUCCAAAAAAAUUUCUCAAAUCUGGAAGAUGGACCAAAAGAUGCUUUACCUGGCGGAAACAGAAAUUAAACUUUACAUUUUUGUUUGUUUUUUAUUUGUUUGUCAUACAGCUCAGAUGAAAAAGUGUAUGUGUUAUGUAUACAGAAUAAUCUAAAAUAACUGUUAAUGAAACUCAGGGGAAAAGUGUGUAUGACUGUUGUAUAAAGUCCAUUGAGAUGCUUUAGUGCUAUAUUUGUGUUUAUCCUCUGCAGAUUUGUGCUACUUGUGGCCCAAUGGUUUUAAAAUGUCUCCCAUUUGUAUAUGAUAUGACUCAGAAGAGUGUCAAAAAAGUAAAAUCAAGGUAAAGAUGACCAGAUCCUACAAUUUGUAUAAUGUUAUGGUAUUCUGUACAAUAUCUACUCUAUUUAUAUUCACCAAGGAAAACAUACUGUAGCAUAACUGAGGGUAAUUUUAUCUCUACUUUAUCACCUUUCUAAACCUGAAUGUUUAGUGAAACAACAUAAACAAGUAUUGAAUGUCUAUGAUAUUGCACUCGGGCAAAUACACUAUUUCUUUGUCUGAA